AUGUUCGGCGACUGGUUCCUUGCACCAACUAUAUUGCUCAUCUUACUAUAUAUCCUUCCUUGCGCGAACCCCAACUUCUGCUACGCUUAUAAGUUACCUAGAGGAAAAGUUACCACUUGGGUAUUUAACCCAUGUGUGGAAUUAAGACAAAGGAAAAGUUCUCCCCUCGGACCGAUCUACGGUAGUAGGGAUAAUUUUGAGGCAACUAAAAGGAUCGUUAGCAUUUCUGAUGGGGAUAUACCUAGAACACUUGAUCUCUUGGGAUUCCCAUCGAGGGGGAGUAAAGCCAAAGGUUGGAACGCGGCACGUAGUUUUAUCGAAAGGGUAGGGUUGACACAGAAGAAGUGGCAGAACGGAAACACAAACAGGAGAAAUGUGAGAAAAAAAAAAAAUACAUAUCUGUUCCUGUUUACGAGAGACCAUAUUGAAUAUCCACCCAUCAGACAAAAGGCCAAGGGACGGGAUUCCGCCAUCUAUGGGAGAUCCCCCAAAAAAAUCGAACACAGCAGUAAAGAGGGCACAAGCCCCCGUGGGGACGAAGAGGGAAGGAAUAGUAAAAGUGUUAGGAAUGAAGAACUAAUAACUUCACAGGAGGAAAAGUACAAAAAGAGAAAGUAUGCAAAAGUGAAGGACGAAAAAAAAAAAAAAAAAGAAAAUUUGCAAAAGGGCGAUGGAGAAGGAUUCACCGAGGUAGUAACCUCUUUGCAGAAAAAAGAAGUGAAGCAGGGGAAGGACUUAUCAAAACUUGGAAGUAAGUUAAUAUAUGGUGAGAACAAUGAUCCGAGGGAGGCUAUCACAGAUGAUUCGAUCAGAAGAAGUACCUCCCCCAUGAGGAAUAAGCAAAAGAUUAAAAAUAAAUUUGUGCACACCAAUGACGGGGGGAAUACCCACAGCAUAUAUGGACAAGGCGUACCAUCUUCGUAUUAUAAAAAGAAGCGAAUUGAAAAGGAGGCAAGUUACAAGGACAGUCAACAAGAGAACGCCGGAAUUGAUGCAUACAAAUACCCCCUCGUAAAAGAGAGCUAUUCUAAAUUGAGAACCCCUGAGGGAGAUACGCCCAGUGAAGACAACAUCGGGAAAACCUUCGAAGGUGAAGUAUAUUCAGUAAGUCCAAAUGCAAUUAUAGUGAAAAUAAAAAAUACAAACCUUUUUGGAAUGCUCUUUAAAAAGAGAUGUAACUUUGGAGAUGAUGUGGAAGAUCUGAAUGAGUAUUUCAAAGUGAAACAAAAAAUUUUCGUAAAAGUGUUAGGAAUAAAUAUGAAAAAAAAGUUGUAUUACUUGGGAAAUAUAAUUAAAUACAAUCCAGAUGUGGAGUUGAAAAUUGGAGAUACAUCAAAGGGAUUAAUCACCAAGUUGUGCGAAUCGUACGUAUUUGUUAAGGUUCUGAAAAAUGGAAGCACUGGGUAUCUACAUAGGUCGAAAGUGUUUUCCCCAUCUGAAGCACAUGUAGGGGAGGAGAACAAGGGUAGACAUAACCACAGGUGGAACGACUUAUUAAGAAGGAUACAAUUUACAGAGAUAUUUAAAAUCUGGGAUAUUAUAGAUGUAGAAAUUUAUGAGAAACCUGAUGUGAACUUUAAAUCCAACUAUAUAUUAACCAUCCCCGAGGAGUCCAAGACAUUUUCCAAGGUGCUUACCUAUUUUGAUUCCUUGUCGGAGAAACUCCCACAUGAAGAGGAAGUGAAUCAGGUAGGAGGUGAAAACAUUGUAGAUCAAGCGGAGGGAAAUCUAUUUCUGAAUGAAGGGGGGAGUAUCCCGUUGGACGAUCCCUCAGGCGAAGGUGCAACUGACAACAGGAAGAGGAGAAGUAGAACAAGUUACACAAAAGAGGGACAUCAUACAAACCCAACUCAUGAACAAGAGAAAAACAUGACAACACGCGGUACCCCUUUUUUAAAAAAAAGUAAAGAGACGAUCCAUAAGGAUAGAGCAUCGACGAAGUUGUAUCGGGUGCCUGAAAAUGCAAGUUUGUCUGUUUUUGCGAAAAUUACAAAAAUAUCGUUAUCGUCGUUGAAAAAGUUUUUUAUAAUUAACGAGAGUAGGGAAUACCAUUCGGGACAUGCACUCAGCUCGGAUCAGAUAAAGAAAGCGAGCGACCAUUUUAAGAUUAGCUGUGUGGUCGACGUUGGUGAGGAGUUCCAAUUGGAGGGCGACCCCGGCGAAGGUAGUACCGUGGAAGCGGCUACCCCAGAUGUUUGUCCAACGAGGGAAAGUAACCUCGCAGACGAUGUGGUCGCUACUACUCUGGAAAGCUCACCCGGGAAGGGAAGGAACAAAGAGGAGGAGAAGGAGAAGGAAAUUCAAGGCGGUGUGAAGGCAAACUCCAAAGGGGAAAUCAAAUUCGGGAAAAAGAGUGACCGAGUGGUGAGUAAGCCUGCGCGUAUUUCUUCGCCAAUGGAAGAUCCAAUCGAGAAAAAUAAAAAGAGAAACAUUGUAGUGACAUUUAUCGGGCAUAUCAACCAUGGAAAAACGUCGCUCUUCGAUUAUAUAUGCAAGACGAACGAGAGGGAUAAGGAGAAGGGACUCAUAACUCAAAAUAUAAGAGCCUUCAAAGUGAAGUCGAGAAAUAAUGAUUUCACAUUUACACUGAUUGAUACCCCAGGACAUGAAGCCUUCAUGCCCAUUCGAAGCAGAGGUGUUAAAAUAUCUGAUGUAAGCAUUUUAGUUAUUUCUGGAGAAGAAGGAAUACAGGAGCAGACAGUGGAGUGUAUUAAGCUGAUUAAAGAACAUGACAUACGAAUUGUAAUCGCAGUUACCAAGAUGGAUUUGCCGAACGUAUCGGUGGAUAGAAUUGUUAAUGAUUUAGUGUAUCAUGAAAUAUAUACCGAAAUGAAUGGCGGAGAUGUUCAAGUGGUUCCUUGUUCCAUUAUGAAUGCAGAUUCUAUGGACAAACUAGUAGAUGCAGUAUAUUUAGAAUCCGAAUUUUUGGAGUUACCAUUAGAGGAGAAUAAAGAUGGACAGGGAGUUAUCCUAGAUUCGUACGUUGAUAGAAAUGGAAUCGUAUCCAUUAACUUAGUGCAAAGUGGAACCCUGCGUGUGAAUGAUUAUUUCUACACAGGAUCAUCCUACGGGAAGGUGAAAAUGAUGAAGGAUCACUUGAACAAAAAGGUAAAUUUUGCAUGCGCCUCAGACCCAGUGAUGGUGGUAGGUUAUGAGAAGAACUCCAUUCCUGUCGCAGGAGACAAAUUUUAUGUCGUAAAGAAUGAGACAAUCGCGGAGGAAAUUGCACAACACCACAGGAAUGAGUUACUAGCUUCACAGAUGCGGGACUUUAGUUAUGGACAAGAAGAAGGAAGCCUGGAUCGAUAUCAAGAGUACAUAAUUAGGGAGGGCGCCAUUCCCUCCGAUGAGCAACAAAAGCAGAAGGAUGCAAAUGAUCACUCACAGUUGGAAGAAACUGCAACGCAGGAAGACUCCCCCCAAGGAGAAGAUAGCCCCGAAGAUAACCCCACAGAAAAAAUUAACAACGAAAGGGAGAUUAAAAAUUUUCAAGAAAAAGAUCUCAGGACAGUAUACGUAAGUUACUUUAUCAAAUGUGAUAAGCAAGGUACGAUUGAUGUUUUAAAAAAUUGUCUCCAAAAAUUACAAGUCAAUGAUACACUGCACCGAGUUCGAAACAAAAUUGUCUAUUCCAGUAUCGGAGAUAUCACUGCCAGUGAUAUUACGUAUGCUCAAAGUUUUGACGCUAUCAUUAUUGGAUUCAAUGUUAAGCUUUCUAAGAGCUUCCCAAAGAAUGGAAAGAACAUCACGAGCGGUGGAAAAUCAAAUAGCCGAAUUAUUUAUGUGAAUGUUUUGUACGAUCUGAUUGAAGAGGUGGAAAAUGUAAUGAAGGAGAAACUGAGUUCGAAACCGAGGGGCACAUAUAAAGGACAGGCAAGUAUUUUAAAAGUUUUUAAUGUAUCCAAACUGGGUAAGGUGGCCGGGUGUGUGAUCACCAGUGGCACCGUUAACAACAAUAGCAACGUGAGAAUUUUGAGGAACGACAAAGUCAUCCACAUUGGAAAAAUUGUGUCGCUUAAAAUUGGCAAGGAGGAGAAGGAGCAAAUCAAGCAGGGCGAAGAGUGUGGCAUGGGCUUUGAUAACUUUGUGGAUUUUCUCCCGGGGGAUACGGUCGAAUCGUAUGAAGAGUAG